AUGUUUGGAGAAACUCCAUUUCUACGCUAUCCGUUGUGGCGUUUCACAGCAUUAGUGAUUGUGACUUCCACUGCAUUGUCAGGAUUUAUUUUUAUAAAAUUACGUCAACGAGAAAAUAUGCGGCGAAAAAAAUGGGAAGAGUUCUUCAAGAAUUACGAUGCUUAUGAGCAUAUAAAAGAAAUUUGUUCACAUGCACCAGGAAUAAUGCAUAGCUGCCCCAAAGACCUCGCUUUAGCUUAUGAAAAAGCCGGAUUGAAAGACUAA